AUGGAACGUUUUGUUUCAGGUUUACGCAUUAGAAUAGUCAACUUAUUUUUCAAGAUAUUGGCAUGUCUCCUGUACAUAUUUCGCGUGUGCGCUGAUGGAGAUCCCAUUAAUGCUACUUGCUACGGCUGUAUGCCGGGUAACAAGAGUGUGUUCGAGUACUCCGCUAAGCUGACAGAAGAGGAGUUCCAGGAACGUCCUAUCAUCAACUGGGAUGGUAUCGUGUGGGUUAACCGCCCACUGUUCUUGUGGGUGCUGCAGGUCAUCCUCGCGAUGAUAUCGCUCUCCGAGGCUAUUCUGUUAGCCUACCUCGGGUACAAGGGCAACAUUUGGCAACAGAUUCUAUCCUUCCAUUUCAUACUGGAGAUGGUGAACACGGUCCCAUUUGCCCUGACGAUCCUCUAUCCUCCUUUGAGAAACCUGUUCAUACCAGUUUUUCUGAACUGCUGGCUAGCGAAACGAUCCCUUGAGAAUAUGUUUAAUGACCUGCACCGAGCUAUGCAGAAGUCACAAUCAGCCCUGUCGCAGCAACUGAUGAUUCUAUGCGUUACUCUUCUAUGUCUCGUCUUUACCAGUAUGAAUCGACAAAACAACGAGAUUCGACGAGGCCGUAGCCGAAUCCCACAGCGUUUUCGUGACCACACCCCACAGCGAGAUCGUACGAGAACUCCACGGAGUAGUAGGAGUAAAGCGGUGUGGCGAAGCCGUAGCAGGACUCCAAGGCGAUAUUGCAGCCGGUCUCCAAGGCGAUAUUACAGCCGGUCUCCAAGGCGAUAUUACAGCCGGUCUCCAAGGCGAUGUAGCAGUCGAGACUCGUGUUACAGCCGUAAGUCAAGCUCAAGAUAUUAUUCUCGCGGCAGAUCAAACUGCCGUGGCCAAGGCGAUGUGUCACGGCGCAGACGCAGCAGGACUACGCCUCAACGCAGCCCCAGUCUACACUCGCGACGUGACGAGAUGCAACAAGAACAACGAACACGUAAUGGUGAACCACAGCAACAUUUCCAUGAGUCAUAUACAUCACAAACUGACCAUCAGGCCCUGUCAAAACCUACUGAAUUAGCUACUAUAUUUAAAGAGUUUAUGCAAACCAUGAAGCACACAGCGCGAGUGAGUGAACAAUUUCCAAGUAUGAACGUUGUACCAGAAUUCGAACCGGUCAAACGCAAUCAAACCAUUGAAAUGUGGCUUUUAAAAGUCAAUGAAUGUGCGACGAUUUAUAACUGGUCUGAGCGACAAGUUAUACAUUAUGCGUUGCCCAAAUUAUCUGGAUUGGCUCAAAAGUGGUAUCAGGGGUUGCCAAGUCUCAUGUUUUCAUGGCCUGAAUGGCAAGAUAAGUUAAGAUUAGCUUUUCCUAGUGAAGACAAUUAUGCACAACUACUGACGGAAAUGCUCGCUUGCAGAGCGCGUUUUGGCGAACCUUUAGAGGAAUAUUUUUUUGAAAAAACUGUUCUUUUAAAUAGAUGCAAAAUAACUAACAAAAAUGCAAUUGAUUGUAUUUUGUUUGGGAUAGAGGAUCGAUCCAUUAGAACCAGUGCUGAAGCGGCACAAUUUUCUGAACCAGAUAAAUUAUUAGUUUAUCUAAGAAAUGUUAAAAUUUUAAAAAGAACUGAGAAGAAUAAUAACGCCUUGAAAUCAGGUGCUACUGACAAUAAGCGACAGAGAACAAAUAAGUUCAUUCAAAUGAGAUCAGAAUCUACAAACAAUUCAAAAUGUUAUAUCUGUAGUGAAAUUGGUCAUCCAUAUUACAAGUGUAAGCAACCCAUUAAGCGAUGCAGUCAAUGCCAUAAAAUUGGACAUCUUGAAGCAAAUUGUCCUCUUAAGAAGGAAUCUAGCGAUGCUAAGACUGUUUUACGGAUAUCCCAGGAACGAGAUACAGAUCUAAAAUAUUUUAAAAAGGCCAAUGUUAAUGGCCGUGAACUAGAUUGUUUUGUUGACUUUGGUAGUCAAUGCACUAUAUUAACGGAGUCUGUGGCGAAAGAACUAGCUAUUAGUUGGUCAACACAGGACCUGCCUGUGUUGAGGGGUUUUGGUGAUUCUUUGGUUAACAGUUUGGGAAAAUGUAACGUUCAAAUUGAGGUAGAUUCAGCUAAGGCUAAUGUAGAUGUCCUUAUCGUUCCUGAUUAUCUAUUAAAGGUCCCAUUAUUGUUAGGACAAAGUUUCACCGAACAAAACCAUAUUUUGGUUUAUAAGACUAACGAUAACUUAAAAAUAACUACUACUUUGGCUAAAGACCACAUUUUUCUUUGUAAUUCUGAACUAGUCACCAUCAACGGACUCUCGGAAGUAAAAAUGAAAGCAUCCAUGCCGAAUUAUAAUGGCGAUGUAUAUAUCGAGCAAAGCAUAUGUCAUAAACCUCAAAAGGAGUAUGAAAUUGUUCAAAGUGCAGUAAGGAUAACGUUUCUUCGGUGAAUAUGAAGGAAAAAGUUUAACUUACGCUAGUUUCCACUCACACCGCAAGUACGGGGUGGCUUUGGUAGGAGUUCGUCCAGCCGAAUUACCAGAAUUCUAUGAAGAAACAAUACUUUUGAACCCGGGACCGAGACACAUAAUGAAAGCGAGCGACACGUGCUAUUACAUGAGCAUAACAAAAGAAGAGAAUUCCGCUUUCGUAGUUUCCGAUCAACAAACCGAAAGCAAACCGUUGAUAACAAAAGAUCAAACUGCAUGUAGCCUCCUCUCUAGCGAAGGAAGAAGAAAGGGCGGAGACGGCGAGGAGGCCGCGGCCCAGCCCAGAACAGCAGACGGUAGUAACAUGGCUCAAUCAGCCCUUCCACAAGUGGUUCUACAAGCUCCCGCGACCUCCCCACCAAAUGCAUCGCCAUCACGCAUCAAUACUGUAUCAUCCGCUAAUUUAACUGUUGCUAGCUGUGAGUGCCACGGUCGGAUACUGUGCAAGUAGGCCGGAUACGGAUGCCGGAAUGCAAUACGGCUGGCAUUCGACCUACUUACUAGACUUUAUUUUACUCAGGUUGCUCGAUGUCAUCAAAAUUGCGGCUACUGCGCACUAGAAACUAAUAAAAACAUAAUUGGCACAGCAGACAAAGAGCAGCUCACUCACCGUAUAUGUUGCAAAUUGCGGAUGCAAGGAAUUAAUACCAAGUUACCAGACCGGCUCAGUGAUGCUAACUUCAACAGAAUGUUCCUAGAACCAACUUCAAAUAACCCUAAAUGUUGAUUAAAACCCUUCAAAAUUUUAAUU